AUAAUAAUAAAUGGAAUGCAUUGACUCAUAGUGCUGAGAGUGGUAACAAGAAGCUAGUCCAAUACCUCAUUAAUAAUCAUCAACUGCCUCUCACAUCAUUUGCAUUACUUCAAGCUGUACGUAGUACUAAACUAUCAUUAAUUAAAUUAUUAGUUAAUGAAUAUAAACUAGAUCCUCAAGUUAAAGAUGGUGACGGUAUGCAAGGAGUUCAUUUUGCAGCUGAAGUUGGUGCUAUUGAUGUCUUAGAGUAUUUAGUAAAAGAUUGUGGAUGUGAUUUGGAUAGAGUAGGUGGAGAAUACAGCAAGAAUGUGUUUCAUUAUUCUACAUGGAAUGGAAAUUUUUUAUUUAUAAAAUAUAUUAUUAAUAAUUAUCCACAAUAUACUAGUCUAUUACAUUCUACUGAUGAUAUUGAUACCCUACCAAUUCAUUAUGCCUGUAUUAGUGGUGUAAUACAACUAGUGACAUUUCUAAUUGAUGUAAUGAAAUGUGAUGUCACUACUGAAGAUAAGUACGGCUUAACUUGUGUCAUAAGGGCAUGUGAAUCUGGUAAUAUUGAUCUUUUAAAAUUAUUAGUAAAACAAUACAACCUUAAUCCUAGAAUAUUUGGCAGAGCAUCAUCACCAGAAGCUGCAGUGGUACAUGGACAUGUUCAUAUACUAGAAUGGUUUAAACAAGAGUAUCAUAUCAAUGUAGCCUCAUUUAAGAAUGGUGUAUUACCUUUUCAUGCUGCACAAUUCUACCGUUUGUAUUGUUUAAAGCAUUUAUUAAACACUUAUUUAUUUGAUAUUAAUGCCACUGAUUCUAGAGAUGAUACUCAAUCUACACUCCUUCAUAUAGCAUGUCAGAAAGGACAUGUUGCUAUAGUUCUCUACCUCACUAGUCUUCCUCAGUUGGAGGAGCAUCAGUUGGAUCUCACUAUUAAAGAUUACAAUGGAAUGGCUCCAGUUCAUGUAGCCUGUGAAGAAGGAUCAUUGAGUAUAGUCAAGUACAUUAUAGACCAUUCACCAUUAUCUCUUGAUAUGACCGACUCUUUUGGACGUACUCCACUACUUAUUGCAGCUUUCUCUAAGAACCUUCCCAUCAUUCGUUACCUCAACU